AUGCAGAGCAACGCGCCGCCGUCGGGUCCGCCACUAGCCGCCAUAGAUCGAUUUCUGUACAGCCACAACGUGAACGGAAAUUGCUUUGAGAAUGGGCUGAUGGGAGGAGGGUUGUCGCCGGAAAGUUGCGGCGGCGAGUGGUUUGAAAUGGACGGGAGGCUGCGCGUGGAGGAAGCAUUACGAUUACAAAUAGAAUUAGAAUUAGAAGAAUUAGAAGAAUUAGAAGAAUUAGAAGAAGAAGAUUCAGAAAUGUACGGAUGGGGAAGAAGAAACGAAGGAAAGGCGAUGAUUACACCAAAUCAUGAACGGAAAAUUUGUUCCAAACUCAAGAAAUUAAAGAAGCCUUCUUCUGCAAUUCUCAUUAAAGGACAGUGGACCGAAGAAGAAGACAGGAAAUUGAUAAGGCUGGUGAAGCAAUAUGGAGUGAGGAAAUGGGCUCAGAUAGCUGAGAAAUUGGAGGGCAGAGCUGGAAAACAGUGCCGCGAGAGAUGGCACAAUCAUUUGCGUCCUGAUAUUAAGAAAGAGAGUUGGAGUGAAGAGGAGGAGAUGAUACUGGUGGAAACUCAUGCAAGGGUUGGUAAUCGUUGGGCUGAGAUAGCAAAAAGCAUUCCCGGAAGAACAGAAAACGCCAUAAAAAACCAUUGGAAUGCUACAAAAAGAAGGCAGAAUUCAAGGAGAAAGAACAAACGCCCUAACUCCCAAAAUGGCAAGCCUCACUCUUCUAUUCUUCAAGAUUACAUCAAAACCAAAUACAACCCGACCUCCGUCCCGGCCACCUCCACCGUCAUGUCGGCUGUCUCCAACGACCCUUCGUCUCAUUUCAACCAUUUCUUCUCCGAGUCGUCGGAUUCCACCUCUAACCUCUCUUCGGCAAUCAUCUCGUCGCCGAUGUAUGACGAUGAGCUUCUCUUCAUGCAAAACUUCUUCUCGAACUCCGGUGGUUUGUUCCCGUCUGUUGACGAUGGUGCAUCUAUGGUCGUACGUAAUCAAUCUGUGGCAGAGUUCGGGUCUGUUGACUCGGAACCGAAAGCGGAGAAGGGGAAGGUGAUCAAUGGGAGCAACAUGGUGAAGAGUAGUCACUUGUAUUCCGAUAUGUAUAUGUCGUAUCUUUUGAAUGGGACGAUGAACUCCGGCAGCAGCGACGGGGAGAUUCUGAAGACGGUGGAGAUGGCGGAGCUGCAAGUGGCGGCCGGAGAAGGGCAAUGGGAGACUUCAGAAGAAGGGAAGAGAGAAAUGGAUUUGAUAGAAAUGAUGUCUUUCCAUUGUUAUUCUUGAGUUGA